UCCCAUUUUCUCCGGCUGCACCUUCAACCUUUUUCAUUUUGUUUGUCCUCAGUGGAUUGUUACCAAACCAACCCAUCUCCUACUCGAUCUAUAUAUAGCCACAGUGGCUUCCAAGAAUUCAUAAACCAUAUCAUUUAUCCCUCAUUCUUCCCACAAUCUGCAAAGCCAUGGGUGUCACCACCUUCAAACAAGAGUUCGCAUGCCCAGUUGCCCCAGCGAGAAUGUUCAAGGCAUUGAUCUUAGAAUCUUCCACCUUGAUCCCAAAGGUGGUACCUCAAUUCGUAAAGAGCGUCGAUCUAAUUCAAGGAGAUGGUGGAGCGGGAAGCAUCGAACAAGUCAACUUCACUGAAGCUAGCCCCUUUAAAUAUGUGAAACACCGGAUGGAUGAGCUUGACAAGGAGAAUUUCGUGUGCAAAUACACUCUGAUUGAGGGGGACCCCUUGGGUGACAAGCUUGAAUGUAUUUCUUAUGAGGUUAAGUUUGAGGCUGCUAGUGAUGGAGGUUGCAUCUCCAAGAUGACAAGCAAUUACAAAACCAUCGGCGACUUUGAAAUCAAAGAAGAAGAAAUCAAGGCAGGCAAGGACAGUGCUAUUGGGGUCUACAAAGUUGUGGAAGCCUACCUUUUGGAGAACCCUCAAGUCUACGCCUAGUUUGGGACUCUCAAAUAUAUCAUUCAGAGUUCUCUAGUAUAAUAAUAUUUCAGCUCCAUACGAGAUACGAAAUAUUUGUUUGUUGUUUAUUUUAUGACCCUUUAAUUCAAUGAGAGAAACGGGUAUUCAUACAAAAGAGAUUUGAUGAGACAGAAAGUGCUUUUCGUAAAGAAAAAUAGUACUACAAAUUAUAAAGUUCUUCUCUAA